GAAUUAUAAAUGAAUAUACAGCACGAAAAUUCGUAAAGCCGUGAAGAUUUUUUCUGCAGAUUGUGGAAGUCCCUAUGGACUCUAUAGAUAGAAGUUUUUCAAGGUUAAUUUCAAUCGGAAAAUGUAACUUGCAAAGCCAAUAAAUUCUGUGCAUUAUUUUAGUUUUAAUUUAAAAUUAAUUCAUUAGAGUUUGAAUAGCUCUUAAAAAAAAUUUACGUCACUUGUACUUUCGUUUUUCUAAAACAAAAUGGCUCCGAAAAAGCAAUGCACUAAUGGAUUCAUGGUAUUCACGUUCGAGUGGAAAGCCAAAUAUGGAAAACAAAUAAGUUUGCGUGAUGCAACUGCCGAAGCGGGCAAAAUCUGGGCAAAUAUGAAUAUGGAAGAAAGGAGCCCUUACAAUGAAAAGGCUAAAGAGGAAAAAGUAAAAAUGCGAAAGGGUGGUGAUAAACUGACCUGCGUCGGUACGUCGAUAUCUCAAAUGGAUAGACAAAAAUUGGAGCUAGAACAAAAAGAGAAGCAAAUUAAACGUAUAAUUGAGCAAACCGUUAGGAAUAGCGAAAAAGAUGGCGAACUAGAGCAUAAAGCCUAUUAUUUUAUUACGGUUAAUUACUUCACCAAAAUCCUAAAGGGCAACGUUUAUAUACCCGCUGAAUUGUCAGUUUGUGAAUAUUCAUUAAAGCAAGGAGUUAGUCGUAUAUUCCAUACGUUGAUAAAUCCAGGUACGAACGUUUAUGGUCAUCAAUAUGAAGCUCAGUAUCAUUCGGAAACAACCCAUAAUUUGCCGUUGCCUCCAAAGGCCUUGGGUGACGAAAAUUUGGGCACAAUUUAUAAUGAAGUGCUGAGAUUUUUGGGUGAUACUGAUGAGUAUCCCCCAUUAUACACCGCACGUGAGAAUAUACACAUCGUGGUCUCGGUUUUAGACUUUUUAAAAUCUGAUAUACGCGCCAGUAAUAAAACUUUAAAUAUCUACCCUAUACAAUAUUUAUUUUAUGUCAUGAAAGAAUCGACAUGUGAGCAAGGGGAGCUAGAGAAACCAAAGAGUUUUCACAUAACGGAUGCCUACUUCGAAAGGGAUUACUUUGAAUAUCAAAGUGGGAUUGCUUGCCAGUUUCAUGAGGAUAAAGACAAGAGCAAAUAUUGUACUCAAUCUAUAAUUACAAGAUGGGGUUAUAUGUUUUCCGAUUACAUGUGCCGCGAUAUAGCUAUCCCGCUAAUACUGGGGCGUCAUGUACCACAAAAUACCAAUCUAGAAGCCAUUAUAACUCCGGCUCGAGCAAACUGUUCUGAGACAAAUUCUUUAGUUUCUUUAGCGACUAGCAGCAAUUAUUCCUACAAAGUCGUAGCAGAUUCAAAACUUUGCUAUGAUGACAACGAAACUACAGUUUCCUCUUCUAACGACACAAAAACCUCGUAUAAAAAUGAUUUCCCAGCGUUAGGGUCUCGCAAAAAAAUCCCUACACCAGCUGGUCAAAGAUCUAGAUCGUCCUCGUCUAGAAGAGAUUACGAAGAAGAGUAUUAUGCUGUUUUGAGUGAAGACGUAACACCUGAAUUAAAUCCAUGGGCAACCCGGUCACUUCGCCCUGAGUCGCCUCAAUUGGCCGAUUCAUGUUUUAUUGUUAAUUCUAAUCGCAGCAGGGAUCAAGAUAACGACGCUGAUAGGCCGAUAUAUAUUUUCGGACGUGGUCGACAAUUGCCUAACAUUAAUGAAUUUAAUGCCAAUACAACUGCUCGAGGUCCAGGACGUCUCCCUUAAAUCUUUUAUUUCUUAUUAUAAUAUUUUCCUAUUCCAUUUUAAAUUUUUGAAUUGCUUAUCAAUAUGUUCGUAUUUUGACAUUUUACCUAUUAAAAAAAAAAGUGGCGGCAAAGCGAAAAAAAUUUGUUGAAAAUACGAACAUUGCAUAUAUCUUAGACGAUAAUGAAAAUCUUUAUUUUCAUAUUUUUUAUUAUUUUUUUUUUAUAUCACUUUAAUAUCAAAUCGUAUGGAUUCUAAAUUAAAAAAGAGUUGGCAAAUAAACCUUUAGAUGCUAGAAAACUAAUUUCAGGUUGAAAUUUAAAAUUUAAUGUCUAGUUGGGGAAAAAUAUAAAAGUUUGUAUUAGCUCGAUAUUCUAUUGAGAAAGUAAGUUUUAAUUGGUAUUAAAACACUGCCAAUGUCGUGGUGAAUACUCCACAUUUUAACGUUCUCAGUACUAUUGGAAGUUCCUGUACACGUAUUUUCAGGUCUUCAGCAGUAGAAGAAGAAUCGAUUAAGGAAUUGAAAUCAUACUUUUUAUUUUUAAUACUCUUUUUCUUUUUUUUUUUUUUUUUCAUCGCGAAUGUACAUUAAAUUAUAUUAUUUUUCUUUUUUUCUGUACGGCGUUUUACUAUAUUGUCGUUCGCUGUUUUUUUUUUUUUUUUUUUAAAUAGAAUUCGGGAAUUAUUUUAUUUGUUAUUUUGUUAAUCAAGCUUAUGAAUACUCGAUUAAUUGCUAUUUUUAUUUAUUUUUAUUUAUCUUUUUUUAAUUAUCUGGAGUAAAAUUGUUACAUUUGAACGAAUGUAUUAGAAAUAUAAUAAAAUUAAAUGCUUUUUAAUGCUAAAGUGUUCGCACUGUAGUUUUAAGAUGAAAACUAAUAUAUCGUAGACAGAAAUAGUUCGAUAUUACAAUGAACAUUGCUCAUACUAUUUUAUUACAUGCUAUGACAGAAAGUGAGAAUAUAAGAUUAUGUUAUCGGAUUUCAACGGGUUGUCAAAAGCUUAUGGAAAAGGUUAAUACUGAUAUAUGAGUCAUAAUUUCAAAAAAGGAACCAGGUUAUAACUGCAUUUUAAAUACGAAAAAUUUGAAUUUUAUCCCAAAUCAAAUUAAUAUAAAAACACAUAGGCAGAAAAUUCAGACUUUGUGCACUUUUUUCAGACUUACUAAUAACUGCUAACACCUAUUUUGGGAACCUUCGACAAUUUAAUAAUAAAAAGAAAUAAAGUAAUACUUUUCAUAUAAUCACGUGAUUAUUUAGAAACGGCGGCCCGUGCUACAAAAUUAUCAAUAUGCACACCAGACAUUCAUUCUUUUCUUUUUGUAAGAAUCUCUGACUUUUGUUCAAUAAAUAAAUGGCCGCUUAGUGAAAGGGGUUUUAUAGAGGCGACAUUGCUUAAAAUUUCUCGAUUGAAAUACAUUUUCUCUAUAUUUAGUUAUAAUGGUUGCAGAAAUCAAAAAAAAAAAUCAACGACCUAAAAGAUGUUCAGGUCUUUAUCGCAGAUUUUCGUCCUAAUAAUAAUAAAAAGUGCGCUAUCCUCGCGUUCAUUACGCCGUUUUCCUAUGACACAUUAAAAAUUCGUUCAAUUACCCAAAUUAUUAUACUUGCUUAAUUAUUACGCUUAUUUGGGUUUCGUUUUCACCUUCACUAUUACAUAAAUAUUUACUUAAGAA